CCAACAACUUAAAUCAACGCUUCCCCAACUCAUAUCUACCACAAACCAAACAACUUCUCUACCUCAACAAACUCCCAACCCGCAAAAAUGCCCCCCAAACCCUUCAACCCCCCACGACCCCGCCAAUCAACCUCAACCACGACCUCAGCCUCCAAACCCCGCGGCCGCCCAAAAGGCACAACCACAACCACAACAUCCGCCCAGAAAUCCGCCUCUAAAGCAAAGAAAGACCCCAAACGAACCAGCACCUCCGCGCGCUUCUCCGCCCUCCCCAGCCUCAGCCCCGAGACCCGCCGAGAACUAGAAGGAACCCAAGACGACGAAGAAAUGAUCCUCUCCUCCUCCGAACCAGAACCAGAAGACGACCCCUUUGCCCUACCCGCAGAAGAUGAGGAAGAAGAAGAAGAGGAGGAGGAAGAGGAAGAUAGGAAACAACAUAUACCAGAAGACCUGCUGAAUGUUAUCCUGCACCAGUUCUUCAAGGAGGAGGGGACGCGGUUGCAUAAGGAUGCUAGUGUGGCGGUGGGGAGGUACAUGGAGGUUUUUGUACGGGAGGGGAUUGCGAGGGCGUGUUGGGCGGGGAAUAAGGGGGGGAACGGGGGUGGGUUGGAGGUGGAGGAUUUGGAGAAGUUGGCGCCGCAGUUGAUUUUGGAUUUUUAGGGAGGAGGUUCCUGGGAGAGGAAGGGAGGGAAGGAGAUGGUAUCAGUAAUGAGAGGUUUGGUGAAUAGCGUAUGGAGCUAAGAGAUGGGUAUGGGGUUUGCGGGAGGGGAUGUUUAAAAUAAGAGCGUCUGGAGUUCAGGGAUAAUGAUGUUCAGGCUUGAGUUUAGGAGGACAUUUUAUAGCACAAAGCAUCUCCAGGUUAGGGUCUCUUGACGUUCUCUAGCUUUCUUCGGUUGAUCUUGUAUAUGUCAUGACUACUCCUCUUGUCUCUUGUUUCUUGUCCCUCUGCUUCUAGCUGCGCAGUUCUUGAGCUUUUCUUUGUUUGUAUAGGUAGUGUGAAUGAGGCAGGUACUCAUACAUAAUCUGCAAUGAAGCAAAAGUCGAGUUUAGUCAGGUGGGAUUCAUUCGUCGAGUCAGUCACGAGUCGUUCUAGCAACGCUUCAGGCAUGAUUCAUGAAUGUUCUGUUGUUCGAAUGUCUAUAUAGAUAAUUGGUUACAGC